AUGGAGUCAGAGUCCUUGUACAACCUGCUGCAGCUCCCUAAGGUGAUGGGCCCGCCGGCGGAGGAGGAACUCCCACAAGGGGAAAAGAAGAAAUACCUGCCCCCCACUUCCCGGCAGGAUCCCAAAUUUGAAGAACUGCAAAAGGUACUAAUGGAGUGGAUCAAUGCCAAGCUCCUCCCUGAGCACAUUGUGGUCCGCAGCCUGGAGGAGGACAUAUUUGAUGGGCUCAUCCUGCACCACCUUUUCCAGAUGCUGACCGGGCUCAAGCUGGAAGUGGAGGAGAUGGCUCUCACCGCCCCGAGCCAGAGGCGCAAGCUUGAGGUGGUUCUGGAGGCCAUCAACGGCAGUCUGCAGGUGGAGGAGCGGCAGCUCAAGUGGAGCGUGGGAACCAUCUUCAGCAAGGACCUGCUGGCCACCUUGCAUCUGCUUGUGGCCCUGGCCAAGCACUUCCAGCCCGACCUGCCCCUUCCGACCAACGUCCAGGUGGAGGUGAUCACCAUGGAGAGCACCAAAAGUGGUCUGAAGUCAGAGAAGUCAGUGGAACAGCUCACUCAAUGCAGCACAGACAAGGACCAACCUGCGAAGGACGUCUUUGAUGAAUUAUUUAGGCUGGCUCCGGAGAAAGUGAACACGGUGAAAGAGGCCAUUGUGAACUUCGUCAACCAGAACCUGGACCGCCUGGGCCUGUCUGUGCAGAACCUGGAUACCCAGUUUGCAGACGGGGUCUUCUUACUCUUGCUGAUUGGACAACUGGAAGGCUUCUUCCUGCACUUGAAGGAAUUCUACCUCACUCCCACCUCUCCUGCGGAAAUGCUGCACAAUGUCACCCUUGCCCUGGAGCUGCUGAAGGACGAAGGUCUGCUCGACUACCCCAUCAACCCCGAAGACAUUGUGAACAAGGACGCCAAGAGCACGCUGCGGGUCCUCUACAGCUUGUUUCGAAAGCACAAGCUGCAGGAAAGCACGGAUAGCUUGCCCCGUGGACCCCCCAAUUAG